AUGCGCGAUUUCAUCUUGGCCUCCGUGGUCACAGCCUCAGCCUUGUUCGCCAGACAAGCUGAAGCUGUCGCCGCAAACCCUCUCCCGAAACCCACAAACAUUACCUGGGGCGACUCUGGCUGCUUCUCUUUCGGAUCUGUCGCUCUCGAUGCGCCGGACCAUGAGGUGCUCUCCGCUGCGUUCGACCGCGUUACUAAGACCAUCGCGGAGCUGAAGUGGAUUCCGCAAGCCACCGAAGCCUCGGUCACAUUGUUUCAGCCUUUUCCAACCCCAACCGCUGCUUCAAGAAAGCGCAAGAGGCAGUACAGUGCACCACCCGGAAAUUGCACAAGCACAAUCACCAAGGUCAAAAUUGACGUCUCGAAUGCCCACGCUGAGCUUCAACAUGGUGUAGAUGAAUCCUACACGCUCGACGUCGCAGCUGGCUCGGAUACUGUCGAUAUCACUGCUGGAACUGUCUACGGCGCCCUCCACGCUCUCACCACGCUCCAGCAGAUUGUGAUCAACGAUGGCUCAGGUAAGAUGAUCAUCGAACAACCCGUCGCUGUCAAGGAUGCGCCACUCUAUCCGGUGCGCGGUAUCAUGAUCGAUACAGGCCGCAACUUCAUUACCAAGGCCAAAAUCUUUGAACAAAUCGACGGAAUGGCUCUUUCGAAGCUCAAUGUUCUACACUGGCAUCUCAUCGAUUCGCAGUCCUGGGCCGUAGAAAUCAAUGCGUAUCCCGAGAUGACUGAGGACGCCUACUCAGCCAACGAAAUUUUCACGCAAGACAUGCUGAAGGAAGUCAUCGCCUACGCCUCCGCACGCGGCGUACGCAUCAUUCCGGAAAUUGAUAUGCCAGGACACGCCAGCUCCGGCUGGGCGCAAAUCGACGAGUCCCUACUUACAUGCCAACACAGCUGGUGGUCAAACGACAACUACGCACUGCACACAGGCGUAGAGCCCAACCCAGGUCAACUUGAUAUUCUUAACAACAAGACCUACGAGGUUACAGCCAAAGUGUACAAGGAAAUGACACAGGUCUUCCCAGACAACUGGUUCCACAUUGGUGGUGACGAGCUCUUUGCAAACUGCAACAACUUCUCCACUGCAGCCCUCGCAUUCUUCAACAGCGGCAAAUCAAUGGGCGACCUCUACCAAGUCUGGGUUGAUCGCGCAAUCCCCAACUUUCGUGCACAAGCCAACAAGACUUUCGUCAUGUGGGAAGACGUCAAGCUUUCCGCUGACGUGGCCGCUACAGGUGUCGUACCCAAAGACGUCGUCCUACAAGCUUGGAACAACGGUCUCGACCACAUCAGCAAUCUUACCGGACAGGGCUACCGCGUCAUUGUUUCCAGCUCCGAUUUCAUGUACCUGGACUGUGGAUACGGAGGCUGGGUCGGCAACGACCAGAGGUACAAUGUCAUGGUCAACCCCAAUGCGACAGACGGUUCAGCGAACUUCAACUGGGGCGGCGGCGGUGGCUCCUGGUGCGCACCAUACAAGACAUGGCAGCGCAUCUACGACUAUGACUUCACUCUCAACCUCACAGACACCCAAAAGGCGCUUGUACAAGGCGCCAUCGCGCCUCUCUGGUCCGAGCAAGUCGACUCAGUCGUCAUUUCUCAGAAGAUGUGGCCGCGCGCUGCUGCGCUUGCCGAACUUGUCUGGAGUGGAAACAGGGAUGACAAUGGCAACAAGAGGACCACAGAACUGACGCAGCGUAUUCUCAACUUCAGGGAGUAUCUUGUUGCGACCGGUGUACAGGCUAGUCCGCUGAUGCCCAAGUACUGUCUUCAGCAUCCACAUGAGUGUGACCUGAAUCUCGAUCAGACCGUAUUGCACGAAAAUCCCGCUGUCUGA